ACGAAGUCCACCACCCAGCCGAGCCCUCCAAGGCACGCAGGCGCGCUCCUGGGCUGCGGCGGCGCGGUGGGGGGGGGGGGCGGUCCCCGUAAGGCACCACCGCGUGGCCAUGCAUGCCAAGCCCACGCGGAAGCGAGCCGGCGCGGCUCAGUAGCAGCCCCGGAGGAGUCUAAGCUGCUGGGCGAGAAGGCGGCGGCGGCGGCGGCGGCAGAGGAGGACGUCAAAGACAAGCGCCUGUCCGCCCUCCCACUCCUGACGUCGCUUGUGGGCCAGCGGAGGUGGGGGGAGGGGCGUGUGUGCCUCCCCCCUUGCCGGCUGCCCAGCAGGAUGGAGCCCUCGGCGGGAGCCGGGCAGGAGGGCCCGAGCGGAGCCAGGAAGCAGUUAUUGGACCUGCCUUGGGAGGACAUCCUCUUCCCCCACAUUCUUGCUCAUCUCCCUCUGAAGCAGCUCUUGAGCCUGCAGAGGGUCAGCAAGGCAUUUCAGUCUCUAAUCCAGCUUUACGUCACCAACAUGCACAGCUUUGAUUCUAGCCAGGUUGGACCUAACUUUCCAAAAGCUGCAUUCUGUAUCUUGCUGAAGGACAAUGUGGUGCUGCAACAACUGGCCCUACAAAACUGCUCUGAAUGGCUGUCUGACAAGGAGCUUCUUCCUGUGAUUGGCCAAAACCACCAUUUGCAGCAGAUUGAAUUGAAUAACUGCAUACAACUGAGCCGGCACACACUGGUGGCCAUCUCUCUGAGCUGCCCCAACUUACGCAAGCUUUCGCUGGCUCAUUGCGAGUGGGUGGACAGUCUCUCUCUGUGGAGCCUGGCUGACCAUUGCAAAGAGCUUGAGUCCCUGGACCUCACAGCCUGCCGACAGCUGAAAGAUGAAGCCAUCUGCUACCUUGCAAGAAGAUGUAAUAGACUGAAGUUUCUCUCGCUGGCUGUUAAUGCAAAUGUUGGUGAUGCAGCAGUGGAGGAAAUUGCCAAAGCCUGUCCUGAGCUGGAGCACCUGGACCUCACAGGUUGCUUGCGGGUCAAAAACAGCUCCAUUAGGACCUUGGCAGAAUACUGCCCCAAGCUGCGAGCCUUGAAGGUGAAGCAUUGUCAUGAUGUAGUGGAGUCUAGCCUGAGCAUCCUGCGUAGUCGUGGUGUGGAGCUGGACGUGGAGCCUCCACUGCAACGUGCCCUGGUUCUCUUGCAGGAUGUCGUGGGUUUUGCCCCAUUUAUCAAUCUUCAGAUCUAAUGGAUUGAGGGCACACCAGUUGAUCCUGGUUGCCUGACACCUGUUGGAUACUGCUACUGAGGAGCUCGAGAGGCAGAAUGAGUUUCAGUCCCAUCACUGCAAAUUGGGCCUGUCUUGAGGUGCUGAUGCUCCUGUGGGAGGCUAUGUGGUUGCACUAUAAAAGCAAACCCAUUUGCAUUAGGAUGGACUAUAUAUGAUUCCCAGCUGUAUCCUGGCUGGCUGGUAUAUAGCAUGUGUGAUUUUUAAAGAUAUUCUAGAGAUGGAUUGUAGUUCUGACCCUGUAAUGGCUGCAGACAACCAAGAGAAUAGGUGCUGAACCCAUACCCUGAACUUCAUGACAUCUCUUUGGGGAAAGUUGUGGAAACUCACAGCUUCCUGGAGAACAAGUUUAACAGCAGUCAACACUAGCACCCUUUUGCUUUCCGCUGGGGAAAGGAAGCCUUGAAAGAAGGCUUUUUGCAUCCUCUCAGAGAGCAGAGUUGAGAGGGAGAUCUUUUCUCUUGAGGUUUGCAGCUUUUCUCCUGUGCUUUUGAAGGCUAAAGAGUAGGGAGAUUUUUGUUGGUGCCAAAAUUUUGAGAAGAGGUGCAUCCACCAAAUAUCUUCCUCCUCUUAAGCCAAAGGUGGCAUCUUUCAGUGUCUGUGUGGUUUGCGUGUGUGUGUGUUUUUUUAAGGUGAGUAUUUAUGUUGGAGUAAUCUUUCACUUGUACCCUUCCUGCCUUGCCUCUAAAGGUGGGAAUGGAGUGUGUGAGAGUGAAAUCAAGAGCCAGUCAUAUUCAAAGGAUUGGAAAUUCAUCGAAAAAUAGUUUUAUCUAUUAAAGGAAGCACAUUUUAAAAUCGUACAGUAAUGGAUGUUAGGCUUUAACUUCUUUUAGGUGAACAUGAUUAUGUUAUGCACAGAUUCCCAAAGACUUCCUGUAUAACAGCACAAGCAACACACUAAGUAACUCUUGUAAAUAAGGAAAAGGGUAGAGGGCCCCAAAGAGCCCUCUACCUUGUCAUCUUCUGUAAUUAGCCUGUUUCUGUACACAGGGGAGUCUCAUCUCAAAUGUAUAAGCAGAAAAGGCGUCUCACCUCUUGCCCAGUACUUCAUGCCAUUUAGUGAAGAUGAUGUUGAAAUGAGGAGUUCCUAGUAAGAAGGCUUAGAAUGGGCAUAAGUAUCUGUCAAUUGAAUCUAUAAAUCCUGGCUAACUUGUGACUGAUAGACGUUCUCUUCAUUUCUUUGCUCUCUGCCUCCUUGAUAUCCUUACAUUGUUCCCUUUUUAUAUUCAUUACCCAAUUAGCAACGUAGCAGAUCAACUUCUUUGGGUACUUGGGAGGGAAAAAAUGGAGAAAACCAAGGAUGCUUUCUCGUCAUGGUGGACCUUUAUUUCUCUUACUGGCUCCUGUGUGGUUUGAGUAGUUGCAGGGUGUUUGCUGCAGACAUUCUCAACAUGUUCUGCAAGAAAUUAAUUAAAGGCUCCUGAGAGCCCAGAAUAUCCAACUACUGUGAAGGCUAGCCGCUGCAUCUGUGCAUGAUUCACUGAAAGCAGGCACGACCAGAGCAUUAUGUUUCUGCUGGGAGUUGCUAAUUGAAGUUUAACUGUUUACAAGACAAAAAUGCAGUGGAAGGGCUUGCCCAUGGAGAACGUUGCCAGUCGUGUCCGAGAGUCGCUGUUGUAGUUGUAGCCUCUUCUUGUUGUAAUCAAGAGGUUCAGAACAGUAACUCCUAUACAGAGAGCUCUGAAAGGGGGUGGGGAAUUCUCUUCCAUGCUCCUUUUGGGUGUAAGGGAAUUGUCUCCAAUGUUAAUACAGGGGGUGAAAGUGCUUCAACUCUCGGGAGUCUGGGAAACACUAAACGACAUCUACAAUGCUAGUUCCAAAAUAACUGUUGUGGCCAGUUGUGCUCAUAGAGCUCAGUAUAUGUCACUGGUGGUGAUGUGAAGUUGUGUACGAAUGCAUGUUGUUGAGGGCAUGAUGUCUUGAUGCACUGGACUGGUGCUCUCAUAGUGUGUUAGAUAACCAUAAAAGGGGAUAGACAGAAGAAGACAUUUUCCCUUACUGUUAACUUGCAGUAGGUAACUGUAUUCACUUGCUUGGGGCUCCUUUGCUUUGAAGGUAGGUACCACUCUGGAAAACUUGACUCGCUGGUUACGAGUUGUUAUUUUCUACUGCACACUUACGUAGGUUGAGUUAGUGGGGUUGGAUUAUGUUGGACUAGAUGAACUUUGUUCUCUUCCAUGCUUUUGAGACAUGGGGCCAUGCCUGUAGUAGCCAUCUCUCUUGAAAAUGCUGUGGUCUGCAAGCUGGGUUCUGAGUGUUGACGUUCACGGAAUUGCUAGACAGCAAACUGUUGGUUGUAAUGAAUUCUUUAAACACCUACAUAUGUAUGUCCAUUCCAAGUAUUUUUCUUUAAAAACCAAACUGUUAUGUUUAA